AUAUAAAUUCUGAACAUGAUGGGGCUUUGUUACUGCUGGAGUCUGAAGACUUUGUACAUUUUCUUUUUCAUUGCUGUUGUUAUAAUGAACUUCCAGGUAGCUUUAUUAUUCACGUUAGUAGGAAUCGUGGGAUCUGCCCCUGUCUCUCAAAAACUGGACAUUAUGGAUAAGGAAACUAUUGAACAGGCACACAGUUUAAUCAGCAAAAUUCUUAAAGAUAUUCCUACAGUGCACACAGCCUGGAUAAACAGCAAGAGUCUGACUUUGGGCAAUAACUCAACUAGGCUGCAGCUGCAGUUCUUAAAGACACAAAUGAUACCCUCUGCCCCGGUUCUCCAGAACAUCUCUAGUAACUUCAGUUUGGAAACCUGCUUUGCUCACAUAGUGAAGGGACUGCAACUACAUCUGAAUCUCUUGAAAGAGAUCAGCAAUUCAACCAUGCUGAACCAGACUGUGAAUGAACUUCCGACUGAAAUUCGAGACCUUCUGCUUCUAAUCAAAAAGUUGCAGAAACAGGCGGGAUUUGACCAGUCAAAGCAGGCAUCAGACAAGCAUCAUGAUCUGACCAAACACCUGACAAGUGAAUACAUGACUGAGGUGGCAGCCCACCUCAUUCUGCAACAGCUUCAGGACUUCAGUAGUGAUGUCCUCCGCAGUAUCCUCAGUCUGAUCUCCGAUAAGUCCAGCUCAGAGAAUACCAACACUGUGCAGCUCUGUGUAAAGCUCUGUGAGGUCUAGACCAUUAAGCACAAAAUGUACUUCAGUUUUAAUGUAAACACUUAGUGACGACAAGGGUGAACUGGAAAGUUUAUUCUUUGUCAAGUGUCUGCACUCUUUCUCUCCAGAACUGUGACCGAUCAAAAUUGUAGCCUUGUAGCACCGUUUUUUCCCCAUACAUUUUUCAGAAAAUCUCAGUUUUGACAGGAGAGCGAGACUUGAUUUCGUAAUUUCAUGGGUCCUUCAAUGGAGUAGGCGUUUAGUUUGUCUGUUUUAAAAGGCUUAUAGGUUAAAAAUAAAAUUCUCUAUGGAGAAAAUGAACCCGACAUAUGCACUCUAUAGAGUAGCCUACGCAAAAACCAGGCGGCGCACACAGCACUGUACCCUGAUGUACGUGUAAACUGAAGUAUACUUUGCAUACUUUGCUUGUCAAGCGCAAGUGACAAGCAAAACAACAUCAACGUUUUCACAAAUUCACUUUUUUUUUUAGUUUACACAUAGGCGAUAAAGUUUUAAAAAAAAACGUGCACUUUGAAAUUCCCGUUUUUUAAAGGUUGCGUUUUCAGACCCCCAAAAUGCUGUUGUAGUGUAAAAGAACAGCCAAAACGCAUAAAAAGUCUUCCGUUUUUAGUUGAAAAAGGUGUCGGGAAAAUGGCCCCUAACUGGCUGUGUUUUUGUUGCAUCAUUCAGCGUCUUUGCUUUCAAAGUAGUUGGAUAAUUUAUUCAUCACUGGAAACCUUCAUGUUGCACCAUGAGUUUUCUCAGUAUUUUGUAUUUUGUGCAUUUAUUAUUAUUUACUAUUUAUUUUAUAUUUCACUUCACAUCUUAUUUAUUAUUUAUUAAUUUAGCAAUUUAAUAGCUACCUUAAACUGCUGUAUUUUUCACAAUCUGCCUCAGAAAGCAACAUUUAAUUUAACUCAAUAUGUGAAAUUACUUUUCAGUAUUAUAUUUCUAUACAAAGGUUAUUUAUUGAGCACAUGACCAUGUCUCAUAAGUUGCUAAAUGAGAUCAUGGUCAUUGGAUUGAUCUCCUGAUCUCUGUGAGAACUUACCUACUGCUUUUAUUACUCAUUUCAUGUGAUAUUAUGUUUUUGUUUUCUUACUAAAAGCACCCAUACAUGAAAUUUCAUUUUAUUUUAUGUAUGGUUCAAUUAUAUAUUAUUUAUUUAUUUAAGUGAAGAAUACAUGUUUUAAGAAUACAUUUAUUUAGCCAUUAUGUCUAUAUGAAAUGUUUGGAAUAUUUAAAUAUUUUAUCAAAAUAAAAGAAAAAACAA